UGAUUGUUGCUCGAACUUGAUUCAUGAUUUUGUGACGAAAUAAUUACUUUUUGGAACCCACGAGAGUCUUCUGCGUUAUAAAAGUGUUAAUAAAGUAGCACUUGCGUCAUUCUAUGAGUUUUCUUGAGAGUUCCUCAACGUAUAUUUAUUUUAUUCGUGAUUUUAGACUAUAAAAAUGGAAUUUCCGCAUAUUGGCAAGAACUGUUCAUUUAAAUCUUGCAAUAAGCUGGAUUUCCUGCCCAUGAAAUGUGGUGCCUGCAAGGAAGUUUUUUGUUCCGACCACUUCGCCUACGUCAACCACGAGUGUCCAGAGCCCAACACACGUGACGUUCAGGUGCCGGUGUGUCCGCUGUGCAGUGCGCCCGUGCCGGGUCGGAGAGGAGAACCACCGGAUGUGGCUGUCGGGGCACAUAUAGACAACCAGUGUACCUCUGAUCCGGCUAGGGAAAGGAGAAACAAGGUAUUUACAAACCGCUGUUCAUACAAAGGCUGUAAAACGAAAGAGAUGGUGCCACUCGUAUGCAAAGAUUGUACUCUCAACUAUUGCCUGAAACAUCGACAUGCCAUCGACCACGCCUGUGAAGGCAAACUGGCUGCGAAGAGACGACAGGCUGCUAAUGCAGCAAUGGCGAGGAUGAAAGCAGCUGAAAACAAAGUCACGCCUCCUACAGUCACAGUUGCCAGCUUUAGUGAAGUACAAGGAAACAUGACGGAAGACGAGGCGCUGGCUCACGCAUUAGCUAUAUCGAUGCAAGAACAAAACGCCAGCGUCCAAGCACGGGAUACGAACCUCGCGCGUGCGCUCACUCGCCAACGCGUAGGCGGCGAUCAAAAUGGCCGAUGCACCGUCUCUUAGCACCUCACCACUGCACUCAAUGCCUUUUGAAUUUGUGACAAAGUGAUUCAACACGCAGUUUAUUAUCAAGCAAAGUAAUUACAUGAUUUCAGUGUUUUUAUGUUUGAACUCACCGCAGGAGCUGAGUAGUGAAGUGAUAGCAGGAUGUGCAGUGUUAUUUCAAAUAUAUUUUUGCUUUUCCCUGUGAAUAAGUGUCAAUAAAUGUAAUAAUUGCAGUGACAACAGAAGUCUAAAGUAUUUGUAACACAUGUUUAAUGCAUAGUGUGUGAUUAGUUUCGCCAGAUGAGAAAUACAGUUUAGCGGUA